AUGGAGCUACCGCCUGGUCCAAAAUAUCUUUUGGAGGUUUUCCCUUGGUUUGCUCUACCUUCUCUGAUCACAUAUUCGGUGCUUUAUCUAUUGGAAAAAACAAAUACCAACUUCAACGUUCCGUUUUGGGCAACAUUCUUCCUUGUCGUCUCCGCCAGACCCAUCAUUGUUAUCUUCAACUAUUACUAUUCUAUCUGGCAGAACAACAGAGCAGCAUUAGCCAACAAUGCAGUACUACCCCCCAGUGUACCAAAAUCGAUGCUGUCUAUUGUAUCUGAAUUUACGCAGAGUAAAGAAAAUCGCUAUCCAGGGGGGGUUUUUCUGCGAUUCACAGAGGACUAUGGAAGCAUAGUAAGGUUCAACGUCUUAACGGAUGCAUCAUUAAUUACCGACGAGCCCGAACACGUCAAGGCUAUCCUCGCGACACAAUUCGAUUCAUUCCACAAAGGUUCAGUAUUCUACUCCCAAGCCCAUUCUCUGCUUGGGGAAGGAGUUUUUAAUUCCGAUGGCGAAAUGUUCCACCGAGCGAUGACUAGGCCGUUUUUCACUCGCGAAAGGAUUACGGAUUUUGAUAUAUACGACCGGAACUGGAGCAUCUCCCUUAAAACAGCCAAAGCCCGACUAAACGAAGGAUUCUCCCUUGAUAUUCAGGACCUCAUAUCACGUUUCACGCUGGACUCAGCCACUGAGUUUCUGUUUGGAGGAGAAGUAGGGUCACUCUCAGCUGGUAUACCAUACCCACCAGGUCACGAAAAAGCCAAUUCUCCUGUCUUCUACAAUCACCCAUCGACAUCCUUUGUAAAAGCGUUCACCAAAGGUCUCAGCAUUGUGGCAGAACGUGGUAACUUCGGUAAAGAAUGGGCACUGGUUGAGUUCAACAGCGAUCAGGUUACCCCAUUACGCCAGAUAAUCGACGACUUCACCGAGCCUUUACUAUCCAAAGCUCUACAUGCGCGCUCAAAUGGCACGAACUUGAAGACCAACGAAGAGGUCACCCUUCUUGAGCAUCUGGUUAAGCACACUCAAGAUACAAAAAUAUUGAAAGACGAGCUCGUAAAUCUCUUGGUUGCCGGUCGCGAUACAACCAUGUGUUUGCUGACAUUUGCAGUCUACAUGCUCGCAGAGCACCCUGAUAUUGAGAAGCGUUUGCGCGAAGAAAUAUACGACAAGGUUGGAGCCACCGAAGCGCCGACCUACGAGAAAAUGCGAGAAAUGCGUUAUAUGAAAGCGUUUUUGAAUGAGGUUCUACGUCUCUAUCCACCGGUACCCUCCAACGGCAGAACGACCACGAAGCCUGUUCUUCUGCCUGCAAUUCGUCCAGGAGAAAAACCAUUUUAUAUUCCGAAGGAUACGACGUGUAUUUAUGCAGUCAUCAAUAUCCAUCGUCGAAAAGAUCUGUGGGGCCCUGACGGCAAGUUCUAUCCGCUCCGUACACUAGAAUAUGAUCUCAAUACCCUCUUCACAGCCCUUGAAUUUGAUCCAGAUCGAUUCCUCGACGACAGGGUGAAGAAAUACCUCGUAGCAAAUCCGUAUAUAUUUUGCCCAUUCAAUGCUGGCCCCCGUAUUUGUCUCGGACAGCAGUUUGCAUACAAUGAAGCAUCAUUUUAUCUUAUUCGGCUUCUCCAGAACUUUACCGAAUUCACCCUUGAUAAUUCUGUAAACAUUCCUCCCCCAGCUCAAUGGAAAUUUCGAGACUCGCUUACGGCUAAAGAGAAGAUCUUCCCUACCGCUCACUUGACAUUAUUCGUGAAGGGUGGUUUGUGGGUCAAGAUGAAGUCGCUUGAUAAUGAACAAGUUUAA